GGGCAAUAGUCAGCGAUGGGCGGCGGCUCGGGCAAUCCUCUUCCUCCCCCACAGGCGGCGGCGGCGGCCUUCCGCGUGGACCGGCCGCUGCAGGCGCUGGGCUUCGAGUUCACCCGUGUCACCGCCGAAGAGGUGGUCGGCCGCCUCCCCGUCACCGAGACCUGCUGCCAGCCCUUCGACUGGCUCAACGGCGGCGUGUCGGCGCUGAUGGCGGAGACGACGGCCAGCAUCGGGGGCUACGUCGCGUCGGGGUACCGGAGGCUGGCCGGGGUGCAGCUCUCCAUCAACCACGUCGGCCCCGCGCGCCUCGGCGACCUCGUCCAGGCGCGGGCCACGCCCGUCCAACUCGGCCGCAAAAUCCAGGUUUGGGAGGUCCAGAUAUGGCGGAUCGAUCCUUCCACCUCGGAGAGCAAAGAUCUGGUGUCAACAGCGAGGGUCACCCUAUUGACCAAUCUACCAACACCAGAAAAGAUGAAGAGCUUCGAACAAGGCCUGAAGAAAUUUUCAUCCAAGUUGUAGAGCUACUGACGAAGGCAUGCCUGCCGCCUACAUUAUCACAUACGUACAGCGGGGGAGCGCCGUCUAUGAGUUUACUCCAUCAUCAGCUCUAGGAGGAAGGAGAGCUGCUCAGUGGCUGCUGUCUGCUGACCUGUCUGUCAUUGGCAUGGCACAUCGUCAAGAACUCGCCGCAAGCCCGCCUCUUCCUGCGUUGGAGCAGAACGCGAGACAUUUCAAACACCAAUUUUUUUCCCCUUUCGUAGUCUCGGUAAAACUCUGGAUCCAGCUCUCGCGAUGCAGUGUUACCUGAGCUUGUUUAACUGGGUAGUUAGAUCACUGAUCUCCAGGAGGAGAGCUUGCUUGAGUGAAGAGAGUGUUCCUGCUAGGCACCUCUUCUGCGAAUGAUGUAGACAGUUUUUCUCGCUGCGGCUUCCAUCUUCCGCAGAGCCUGUUGAGAAAUAACAACAAGUGAAAAUUGCUUCGCAGAAUGUAUACUGUCUUGUUCGUGG